AUGCCUCCUCCGCGAGCAUAUCCACCACGUGGCCCUCCUCUCCGUCAUAGGCCUAGCAAUUCGGACGAAGAACGCCGGCGACAGCAAGGGAAACCUCGAGGUCCGCCAAAUGAACUUGACAUCUUCGCAGAUCCUUCGGACGCCAGUCGCGCGCACGAAAAGCGUGCGCCGCCACGACGUAAUAGCGAGUCGUCUGUUCGCGAGAAGCCAAAGGAUGUGGAUCCUGACGCGGAAAGGCGAAGACGAGAGCGGAAAAUCCGUGAAGGCCGUGACGGAAAAGGCUCAGUGAAAUCAAAGAAACCAAAUGCGAGGUUGGAUAUUAUCGAUAAACUGGACGUCACAAGCAUCUAUGGUACUGGCUUAUUCCACCACGACGGCCCGUUUGAUGCCUGCAACCCUCACCGAAAUCGUAGGGGCGCCAGGCAAGCCCCGAUGCAGGCAUUUCCCAAGGACUCACUGAACAUGCAGCUCGGAGGCUCCGGGCCAAAUAACUCUAAACUUAACCUCGACCAGUAUCAUGGUAGAGGCAUAGAAGCGAAUCGCGAUUAUAAUCAUGCGGCAGUACAGGAUGCCGAUGCGGACUAUAUGCGCCGACCACUUCCCGAGAGAAGCGCCAGCUUCAACCCGACAGCUCGAACCGAACCUGUCCACGGUCACGAGUCAGCUGGUCUAGGAACGAGCACUUUCUUGGAGGGCACGCCCGCGAGUCGAGCUGCGAUCCAGCGUCGAGAGAGCGAGCAAGAAGCCGCCGAUCAAGCCAUGGCAGCAGCUGGUCUCUCCCGGAAGAAGAGCUUGGCCCAGAGGAUCAAGUCUGUCCGACCGCGAGUGAACGACACGGGACGCAUGACAUCCCCCGAGCCCUUCCCUGCUGUGAGUCCCACCAGCCCGCUCGGGACAGGCCGGUCCGAGCAGAACGGCGUGAACCCAUUUUUCAAGGACUAUGACAAAGAGUACGAGAAGAAAGGUGCACAGAUCGCAUUUGCAGAGGAACAACUCAAGAAUCCUCCCCGAGCUCGCGCGCCAUCCAGUCCGAAACGCAGUGCACUGACGCUGGAACGGAAAAUGACGGCCGAAAGUGUCGGCCCUCCACCUGAAGAAGGCAAGGUCGGCGGUAGUGGCGGUGGUGGCUUCCUCAGUCGAGUCAAGAGCAUCAAGGGAGGCCGGAGCAAGACUCGCGAGAGGCGAAAUACCGAGGCGUCGUCGUCCUAG